AUGCCGAUCUACGCUAUACCAAGAUAUACAUGCAAUGAAGAUUUUGUGUAUGCGAUAGUGGGAGGUCUCGGAGGUUUUGGCCUAGAGCUCGCGGAUUGGCUGAUUCUUAGAGGCGCUAGGAAAUUAGUCCUCACUUCCCGCAAGGGAAUCGCCAAUGGAUAUCAGUCCAGCAGAAUCAGAGCUUGGACUGGCUACGGUGCUGACGUCAGAAUAUCUACUCAUGAUAUAACUACUGAACGCGGUUGUGAAGAAAUGCUUCUAAUGGCCAAGUCUAUGGGGCACGUGGACGCCAUAUUUAACCUCGCCGUCGUACUGAAAGAUUCUAUCUUCCAAAACCAAACUGCAGAAACUUUCAAGAGUUCUUUUGAACCGAAAGCACUUGCAACUAUGCAUUUGGACAAAUUUUCCAAAAUGCAUUGUCCGGAAUUAAGAAAUUUCGUAGUUUUCUCAUCGGUUUCCUGUGGUCGUGGGAAUGCUGGACAGACUAAUUAUGGUUUCUCCAACUCGGUGAUGGAGAGGCUCUGUGAAUCGAGGAAGAAGCUUGGCUUACCAGCACUGGCUGUCCAAUGGGGUGCUAUAGGAGACGUUGGAAUUGUCGCUGACAUGCAAAAGGAAAAUACCCAAAUAGAGAUUGCUAAUACCUCUCAGCAGACUAUCUCCUCGUGUUUACUUACCCUCGACAAAUUCCUAAAGCAAGACGCGCCUGUAGUAUCAUCCAUCGUUGUUGCUGAGAAAAAAACUGGAGUAUCUAGCAGCGGGAACAUAGUGGAUACUAUAGCUCAAAUAAUGGGUAUUAAAGACCUGAAGACUAUAUCCCAGCAGGUGUCACUUGCCGAAUUGGGCAUGGAUAGUGUGACGGCAGUGGAGAUAAAACAAACCCUGGAACGUGAAUAUGAAAUAUUCCGUACUGCACAGGAUAUUAGAACACUCACAUUUACAAGGCUGUUUGAGUUGACUGCUCAAAAGGAAGCGGCUGCAACAACGUCAGAACGGUAUACCAAAGCAGCAGCGGAAUCAAACAAUUAUACUUUUAAUGAAACAAUUGGAUUACGCGGCGAAGAAUCAAUAUACGAGAUGCAGAAUAUUUUAUUCGUGCUACCAGGGAUAGAAGGUGCGGUAUCUAUGUUGGAGCCACUAUGUAAACGACUCAAGAUAAAAGUGUGUGGCCUGCAGUUGGGCGUCGAUCAUAAGAACGAAACAUUGCAUCAGAUGGUCCAUAGAUUAUACCAGACAAUAUGCUCCCGACUGAUAGCAGGUGCAAAUUUCUGGAUCCUCGGUUACAGUUUCGGAACAUUGUUAGCGCUCGAACUAGCUGCUAAAUUAGAAAGUGAAGGCAACAAAGGCACUGUUUUCUGCUUGGACGGUGCCCCAGAUUUCCUCUAUGCAAUCUUGACCAUGUCUCUCAGCUUCAAAAAUGAGUUUCAAUUGCUAAACAGCCUGCUCUGUCACUUUAUAGAUUUUGUAACACCGAAUAAUAAUAUCACCAAAUCACUGAUGGUUAAACUCAACGAAAUAGAGUCUUACGACGAAAGGGUCACAUACGCUAUUGAAUCUUCCCCAAUGCAAAGCAAAUACUCGAAGACAUUCCUUGCGGCAGUCGUGAACAACCUCAAUGACAGACUCAAGGUAGUCAUGAACUACGAGACAAAAGAUGUCAAGAAACUCAUAUCCCGUAUAAUACUGCUGCGUCCAAAAGAUAAUCCCCAAAAUCUUGUGGUUGAAGAGAACUAUGGCUUAGACAAGUUUACUGAUACAGGCGUCACUAUUCACUUCUUUGAAGGAAACCACGUAACAAUUAUUGAAAAUAAGGACGUGGCUGAUAUAAUAAAUCAGUAUUUUCUAGAAAAUGACUCACAGAGAGUUAAGCCUACUGAGAACCAAUGCUAA